AAUAAGUGAAGAGGAGACAGUCACGGGGGCUUUGUGAAGAGGGAGGAGGAGGGAGGGCAGUGUUUACCCCCGUGAUCUGCGCAGCGCCAGACGCCAUAUUGACUCCGCCGCGGUGGGACCUCCUACUAAUUUCAGCGUAAUUUCCUUCCCUCAAAAUGGCAUCCAGAAAGAAGAUCCUAUUGAAAGUUAUUAUUCUCGGAGACUCUGGGGUUGGAAAAACAUCUCUCAUGAAUCAGUUUGUCAAUAAGAAGUUCAGCAACCAGUAUAAGGCAACCAUUGGUGCUGACUUCCUCACCAAAGAAGUGAUGGUGGAUGACAGAUUGGUCACAAUGCAGAUAUGGGACACUGCUGGCCAAGAGAGAUUCCAGUCACUUGGGGUUGCCUUCUAUCGAGGGGCAGAUUGCUGUGUGCUGUGUUAUGAUGUCACUUCUCCCAACUCAUUCAAGUCUUUAGACUCUUGGCGGGAUGAAUUUCUAAUCCAAGCAUCACCUCGUGACCCAGACCACUUUCCAUUUGUUGUUCUUGGAAAUAAAAUUGACUUGGAAAAUAGAGCGGUAAGUCUCUCUCUCUCUCUCUCUCUCUCUCUCUCUCUCUCUCUCUCUCUCUCUCUCUCUCUCUCUCUCUCUCUCUCCAAGACAGCAUAUGCUGAUUUUCCUGGCAACACUUACCAUGCAUCACUAGCUGUCCUGGAGGGCCGGAUUCUACCCGACGAGUCACGAGGAGUUGCCAGGUGUCUCCUACUUUUCCGUGAAAACUCAAGUGAGGCCCUUGUUAUAGUAUCUGGAGCCCUCAUGAUGGCAACUUUAAGUGGGGAGGAGUCACAAGAGCAGCGAUCGCCACGUCACAGUAAAAAUGAGGUUCCCUACUUUGAGACUAGUGCAAAAGAGGCCAUCAACGUGGAGUUGGCCUUCCAGACCAUUGCCCGGAAUGCCUUGGCCCAGGAAAAUGAGGUGGAGUUGUACAAUGAAUUCCCAGACCAGAUCAAGCUGACUAAUGAUAAUAAGGAAAAGCAUGAGGCCUGUUCUUGCUAAUGAUCACUGUAAUGAUUUUCUUAGUUGAUAAGACAGAGUCAUUCUGUCCUACUUGUGAUAUUGGAGAAGCGAGCAUGGGAGAAGAGUUGCAGUCCAAGGCCAGGCCCAAGAGCAAUGUUUGAGUGGUCAAAGUCUUGUACAUCUUGCCUGUUUUUUUUAUUUUAUUUUUUUAUUAUUGAUAUUAUUAUACAGCUAUAUAUUUGUAGUUUACCACCAAAAAAUUACAAAGAAAAUUUCUAAUCAUAUCAUGGGUGGCUUGAAUAGAUUUAGGGAUGGACUUUACAAAUUUAUACAUAAUACAUGUUCUUAAGGCAUACAUUUUAAGGAAAAUUUAUUAUUGAUCCCUCAAAUGAUGGGUUAGGUGGGUAGAUCAAGCUCUUGCAGAAACAUAGCCUGGCUGGCAACCUUGGUAGACCCAAUGUGUGUAUAGCCUUGGGGUGUUAACACUUCUUGGUUUAAGAAUGUGCAGAUCAAAUAAUUAUUGGUAUUCAUGCUUCUUAGCAUGUUAUUAAUCUCAAGGAAAAGUAAUUUUUUUUUUUAGUAACAGAUAUAUUAUAAAUUUACUCAAUGCUCAGUGCUGUAUACUUAGGCCACCUAAAUCUUUAUAAUUUUUGUAACAUGGUGUAAAUUUACUUGGCAUGUAUUGUGUUUAGAAGUUAAAACUAUUUUCUUCAUCAUAACAUUACUCUCUUUUGUAACUUUUGCAAAACUUUUUAAAGAACUCUUUAAUAAGUGCCUGAAGAAGUUUGGUCAAAUAAAAUAUGCAAUUUCAAUUAGUUUCUUGCUGAAAAAAGGGAGAAUAUAUAAAUCAGGCACUUUCUCUAGUUUCUUCAUGGAAUAUCAACUUUACAAUAUACUUGACAUGCAUUGAAACAUUGAAAAUAUCCUAUUUAAUUAUUAUUGAACA